AUGCAGCAUAACAUCUCGCCCAUCGUUUAUGAGAUCCGUUCAAAGCCUACUACCCUUGGUGGUGCCAUUGGAAUACCUCCAAACGGCCUCCGACUACUCCACCGUCUCGGGGUUUUUGAGAAAAUGAAACAGAAAGGCGCCGAGACUUCAGAUAUGGCCUUUCACUCGACCAACGGCGGCGACCUGGGCCAAAUGUCUAUGAUUUCAUGGACCAGGGACCAGAUAGGUUUCGGGUAUCUACGGAUCAAGAGGGCCGAUUUGAUGGAUGUGUUACUCAGCGCUGCAGAAGAAGCAGCCAUACCGAUUAUUUACAACAAGAGUCUCUCAGGCAUCACAGAAAACGAUGGGAAGGUCACGGUAUCUUUCUCAGAUGAAUCGUACAGCAGCGCAGAUUUUCUUCUUGGUUGCGAUGGAAUCCAUUCUGCUGUACGAAGACUUUGGGUAGACCCGGAGUGUGUUCCUGAGUACUCUGGAAUUGCCAAUAUGUUCUCUCUUAUUCCAACUUCCCAGCUAUCUUCCGCUGCGCCUCUAAAAGAUAAAGUCUGCAUGACUUUGACCUCCGAUGGGCUAUUCGGGGUCUCGCCCGCGGACUCAAGUGAACAUUUCCUGUAUUGGUUCUUUUCUCGUGAAAUACCUAUCCCAGUAUCAGGCGACAUUCGCGAUGGCUGGGAAGAGCGUGGCCAGAAGGAGAUUGAGAGCUGCAAAGCCUUCAUGCUGGAUCUUUUAGGCGAAGAGCGAAGCGCCUGGAUCGAUGGUCUGCGGGAAAUUGUGCUCAAAACCGCGACAAUGAAGUUCUAUCCCGUUUACAAGAUACCGCCAGGCAGACCUUGGUCUAAAGGACGCUGUUUGCUCAUUGGGGAUGCUGCUCAUGCGAUGCCUCCACAUGCCAGUCAGGGAUAUUCAAUGGCUCUUGAAGAUAUAUUCCUCUUUUCAAAGCUCCUUGGCACGAAUGCCAACUCUUUGGCAGAUGGAUUACGAGUGUACAAGGAGAAGCGAAAGCUUCGAAUAGACAAAAUGUUGAAGAUCGCGGAGCGAAAUCGUACAAUUCGGCAUAAGAUCUCACCUUUCCGUCUGCGAGCAAUCGAAAAGGGGGUAGGAGCAGUCUUAUGGGUUUACAAAAUGAUACAUCUAGAGAAACUUGGCCUAGGGCAGAGACCACUUAUUUAUUGCGUGGACGAUGAAGAGCUGAAGUGA